CAACAACACUCCUCAGCCAACAUUAAUAAGGACGUCCACCAAGCAGGAAGAAGAGUUGCGCUCCUUGGCUUAGCUGCUGCCCUUUUCACAGCCUCCAACUCCUCUGCCAAUGCUGGCGUCAUCGACGACUAUUUUGAGAAAAGCAAAGCAAACAAGGAAUUGAAUGACAAGAAGAGGUUGGCCACUAGUGGCGCAAACUUCGCAAGGGCAUACACAGUUCAAUUUGGAACCUGCAAGUUCCCUGAGAACUUCACUGGCUGCCAAGACCUUUCCAAACAAAAGAAAGUGCCAUUGAUAAGUGAAGACUUGGCCUUGGAGUGCGAGGGCAAAGACAAAUACAAGUGUGGUUUUAAUGUGUUCUGGAAAUGGUGAUUGUAUUCUUAAGCAUAGCCAUUUCCCAAAAUGUAUCUACUGUGACAGUCAAGUAAUUACCAUCCAUUUUCUUUUAAUUUAUUAAUCUUUAUUAAGCAUCA